GGUCAUGGCAGAAAAAGAAGGACAAAGCCUUCACUGGCCCAUUGCUGUUUUUGAUGUUGUUUUAUGUGGAUAGAGUUGAGUUGUUCAGAAGAAAAGUGAAGAGGUCUUUACCAGUUAUAAAGGGAUGGAAUGCGAAAUUCCUAAGGGAGAGAGAAGUGCUUGAGAUUGAAACUGGAGGAUUUGGAAUGGGAUUUUGUGUUGGUCCAAUGGAUUUCGAACAAUGUGUUGGUAAUCUGCAGACUGAAGAGAAGGAAGCUGGAAAUGGGUGCAUACUGCAUAUAGAAUCAACUGGUGAAGACAAUUCUGAG